AUGAUUGUUAAUGACGUUGAAAACAUUACUUAUUACAUCAUACUCAAGUCUGAAGUUGAAGUAAUUAUGGAACCAUUGUCAAACAAAAUUAAACGUAAGAAACGCAAAACCCGAAAAAGCCUAAAUGAUUUGCGAAAAAGAUUACAUGGAAAACCAGAAGACAAGAUUUCCAAUAAUCUAAGUGAUUCAGCAAAUAAUUUACAAAAUGAGGCAAAAAAAAAUUGUAUUGCAUCAAGUCGCCUUACUUUAAAUCUGUUUCAUAAAGCUGUUCGAUCUGAAACUAUAACGAGACCAGAUUUAUCAAUAAUGAAAAAACAGACUAUAUUCAAUAAAAAUAAAAAAACUGUUUAUAAAACUAGUAUUACUCGACAAAUGGGUACUGCCAGCAUUGAUAACCAAAAAUGUUCAAGCAACAUGCCUGCUAAUAGUAGUAAAAAUAAUGUGAUGGAGGUUUUAAGUGAUAAUAGUGCAAGUAGCAAAGAAAAUAGCAUGAAUUAUAAAAGAAAUUUAUUAGAUAGUCCUGUAAUGUUCAGUCCAGUGGAGAUGCGAAUAACAACAACUUCCUUAGAAAAAUCAGAAUCUCCAAUCACAUUAGCAACAUCUUCAAUCGGAAGUCCACAAGUUAGUGAUGACCAACAGUUAUAUGAAGAAUUUAUAAACUACAUACCCAGAUAUUUUGUGGAAAAAACACCUUCAUUAAUUAGGGAAGAUAUCAUGAUGAAAAAAAAAUUAUUUUUACAAAACCUGUAUUUAGAGGGGUGCCGUCGUGAAACUGAGCAAAAUAUAUUUCAUUGUAUGACAAAUAAUUUACAUAGGGGCAGAGAUGAAAACACAAAUACAGAUGAAUAUUUUUCUCCUAAGAAAAUAAUUGAAGAAGAUCCGAUGAACUACAUAAGACAGGGUUAUGCAAUGCAACAACAUGGGUCUUGCAAAAGCAUUACAUCUGUAUCAAGUAGUAGUCCUAACUCACCCCUGCCAAUUUUGAACACACAUAAUAAAUCUAAUUCAUUCAUACAUGACACUCCUGAAUAUGUGUAUUUCCCACAUAAACUAAAUCAGUAA